UUCAAAAUGGCUACCGUAGUUGAAAACGUGCAGUUGAGCGAUGUUGAAUGGCUUGUUAUGCGAGCUCGUGGGUUUUCAAAAACUGACAUUUUUGCUGCAAAGGCAUGGUUGAUAACUGCAAGAUCUCUGUUUCCACGGUGUUUUCUUAUACAGUUUGAGUCGUACCAGCUUGAAAAAUCAUCCAAGAAUGUGAAGGAUGCUGCUAAACACCUUGAAGAGAUGCUGAAGAACUUCCCCAACGAGCAGCGUCUGUGGAUAGAGGUGCACACCAUCCUCGAGGCUUUACAAACAGAGGCCACAGAUCAGAAGAGCAGUUUCCACACAGAGAUAUUUGCUGCGUUCCCGACCCACAUCCAGUGUCAGAUGUUGCUGAAUGUUGCUGAGAAGAUCUCCAAUGUCCUGGAGCGAUGUCGGUUGCUGUUGCUUGCCAUGAGGAAAUUCCCCAACUUGGUGGUAGAGCAUGGGCUCAAGCUGGUGGAGUUGCUGAUGGUGGAGGAGAGGCAGAGUGGAGCCGUGUCUCCCGUCAACUGUUACCGGAAACUGUUAGUGUGUGACACGCUGCCUCUGGUUCUGCACAAGAUCGGCCACCUCUCCAUCUCUGACGUUGAGCUGUACACCUGGCUGCAGAGAUCUGUGGAGUUCUACAUUAGCUAUACCACCCAACCCGUCACACAGGACGUGUCACAGUCUCCAGAUUUAUUGUCCCCCACAAAGACGUCAGCUAAGAAGUUCCCCAUGAUCCCAGGGCUUCUGGACAGAGAGAGUCAGGUCACCGACCCCUGGGGCAGCCUCUUCAAGCUGCUGCAGUUGUUUGGCGGCCAUCUUGGAUGGGAGAUGGAAGCAGACAUUUUCAAUAAAUCCCGAGAUUACCAGUGGCAGUAUUUGUUAGGUGUCUACAACAGCAUCAAGCAGAAGCCGUCGGAGCGGGGACAGAAGCACAUCCUGUACGUGGCCACCGUGCUCUUCCUGCAGUGUCUCUACAUGUACGUCAGUCAUGUGGACACAGAAAACCUCUCCGGUUCCAGUUUAUCCCCCCUACAUGUCCCCGUCGUCAUCCUGGAGAAGUUCCGCUCGGAGAACGGCGAGACACAGAUCCAGCCGAAGAUAAAGCGUCUCCGCCAGGACAACCCACAUCUGCCCCAGAUCAUGUCCUCCACCAGCAUCUCCAACUCCCAGGUCAUCAUCCAGAACUUCAUCACCGCCAUGAAGUGUUUCGAACUGCUCCACUCCUCGGAAGAUCUGCGUCGAGAGUUUAUCGUGAUGUGUCAGACGUGGAGGAUGGAGCUGUGGUCCUGGAUGGGGGUGUUCCAGACAGACAUGUGUCUCUACCAGGGGGCGUUCCAGGAGGCUGUGGCCCAGCUACAGAGCUACUACAUGGGGGCCAAGGGCAAGAUGAAGACCAGACUCUCACUGCAGCUAGCCUCCAGCUUCUACUGCCUGAGAAACAUCUCAAAAGCUUGUGAACUUGUGCUCGAUGUUGUUGCCUCGUUGCCGGAACAUUCCCCGCCGUCCGUUUCCUCCGAGGAGAGUCAGCCUGGGUUUAAGUCACUGACAACAUCCGGACCAGUGCGACAUCUGAUGCUCAUGCAGUGUUCCGAGUCCGAGAUUAUACCUUACUGUAUACAGCUGCUGAUUACUUGCUUGAAGGAACGGAUAUCCAACCACAACAAUGACCUUAACCUUGGUCACCUGAUCGUGUUGCUGCAGUAUGAUUGGCCAAAAUAUGAGAGCAUAUUUCUUGACGUGAUACAGAAGAUCCAGAAACAGGGCAGCUUCACCUACAACCUCUUCUUCUCCUACGUCUUCAACAUGGAUAUGCUAGAAGAAUUAGCUUUCUUGGACACACAAGAAGGAGGGCGAGUCAGCCUGGACAUCAUGCCCACAAGUACACGUGCACUUGCUCAACAGCGGACUGUCACCCGGGGUGUCAACAAGGGCGUGAAGGAGGACUUCCGGGCCAGCCUAGAGAAACAGGUGAAGACCGUCAGUGACCCAGUCAACAAAGUCUUGCUGUGCUUCAUGAUGGAGGAGAGGGAGCUGCUGCUUCAGAACAUUUAACACCAGUGUUGUACUGAUUGUAAAUAAAUGUACAUAAUACCUCCA